GAGUACAUCACAUAUGCUGCCCACCUCCAACAAAGCAUUACUCACACUGUGACAGCCCUGCUCUGAGUGCUGUGUUUAAAAAGAGCUCACUUAGCCUUAUGUACGCUCAGGAACAACCACAAGGCAUCUUAGUGGCUGUGGAACAUCUGAUUUACUUCAAAAUAAUCUGAUUACAUGCAGGGGCAGACUAACAUACACACCAGCAUUAACAUCAGAAUGUAUGGGCCCGGGGCCAUGCUGGCCCUCUGCCUGCCCUGCUUUUUGAGUGGGAAUGUGUUUGGUUAUGAAUAUGGAGAGGAUUACUCUGAUUCCUACUAUAAUGAAAUCUCCAACGGUGAACGCCUGCAAACAGGAGCUACACAAAUUCCAUGUCCGCCUCAAGACCUCUCACGCUGGGACAAACUUUUCAUCAUGCUGGAGGACUAUCAAAUGAAGCAAGACAUGCUCUUGCAGCAGAAUGAAGACAUGGUUAAGGCGGAGAUGGACUCCAUACGGAGGGAGCUCCAUAAGCAUAACAACAACAACGUGUGUGUCCAGGCCUCAGAAAACACCUGUAAAUGUAUAAGUGAACAUAUGAACCGCAAUCUGAACCAAGCCAUGGACCAGCUCAGAGAGGCUGCGGAUAUGUAUCAAGCCCACAACAAUGAGACACUGCAGCAGCUCAUUCAGUACAGCAGGAACCAGGCCACUCAUCUCACCAUGGCCAUGAAGUCUUUCUCCACUUAUCCAAAGGAACAAGAAGCAAGCAAUGCAGAUGGCGGUAAGCUGGAGAGAGCCUUAAUGGCCACCGUUGCGGAUCUCCAAAGGGUACAUGCCCAGCUAGCCCUUUUCCAACGAGCAACGGCACACCGAUUCCUGCCCUCAGGCUGUGAAAUGGCUUUAUUAUUCCCAAUGCGCUCCAAGCACAUCUUCGUCGAGGUAACACCCUCCAUGUCCAUGUCCCUACAAUCAUUCACCAUCUGUCUGUGGGCCAAAGUGACUCAGUCACUGAAUAAAACAGUCCUUUUCUCUUACGGAACCAAGAAAAACCCUCAAGAGCUCCAGCUUCUUUUGGCAAGAAACUCUUUGCUCCUCACAGUGGGUGGUGAGACCCAUCUAGUGGAAGCUCACAGCGUAGUAACAGAUGGGCAGUGGGGACACUUCUGUGCAGCUUGGAGCUCAGAGCAGGGGUUGGCCACUUUGUGGGUGAAUGGAGAGAACGCUGCCAAAGUGCCUGGAGUAGCCGAAGGGCACGUACUGCCCGGUAAUGGGUUCAUUCUUCUCGGGCAAGAACGCAGCCGGUCGGGUAUCUACAGAGAUAUGGAUUCAUCGGUUGCCUUCACUGGAAAAAUGACAGGGGUGAAUAUGUGGAACCACAUGCUGGAUGCAGGGAGGAUUAAAGAGUACGCCGAUCAAGACGGAUACUGUGAUAGCCGUGGGAAUGUGAUUGGAUGGGGUGUUUCAGAGAUCAUUCCACAUGGUGGCGCUCAAUAUAUCAACUGAGACUGCACCAACACACAUCACCAUACAAUCUUGUACAUUAAGUAAUAUUACACUGUAUACCAUUAAUGAUUUUUUAUUUACCUUCUUUUUCAUUUCAAAUAAAAAACACUGCUUAAAAGGAUUUGUUCUCCCAAAACUGAAAAUUUGCUGUGUGUUUAUUCACCAUGAGGCCAUCCAAGAUAUACAGUAGGUGACUGUCUUUCUUAAGUAGAACAGUAAAGAAGAUUUUUAGCUAAACCCAUGAUCCCUGGUGAUACAAACAAUGCAAGUCAAGGGUACAGUCACUUUGAGAGAAAAAUAGCAGAUAUAUAAAAACACAAAAUGAAUCACUGUGGCUCCUGGCGAUAUAUUAAGGUCAAAUGAAGUAAAACAACUGGUCUGUGUGAAACUGAAUGUUCCAAAUGUUCUGAAACUGAACAUUAUUUACAACGUCAUUACCUAUAAUCCAUGCAUUUUUUGUGUACUUACACAGAACAAUCAUUUCACUUCAUACAACCUCAAUAUAUCAUCAGGAGACACAAUUUGAAGAAUUCAUUUUGUAUUUCUGUAACUGCUUUCUUUACUCUUAAAGUGCCGGUACCCAUUGGCCUAUAUUUUAUGAAUCACCAAGCACCACGGUUUCAGCUAAAAUCUUCUUGAAUGGUCUGAGGGUGCUUAAUUUUUGGGUGAACUACUCCUUUAAAGGGAUAAUCUACACAAAAAUUACAUUUCUGUCAUCAUUAACUCACCCUUGUGUCAUGUAUGAUUUUUCCCCACUGUGGAACACAAAAGAAGAUAUUUGAUAAGUUUCUCAGUGAGUUUGUACAUACAAUGAAAUCUAAUGGGGUGCAAUGGAAUUUUAUUAUAUAGACAAAACAGCUGAAACAUUCUUCAAAAAAUCUUUUGUGUUCCAAAGAAGAAAUAAAAUCAAGCGUGUUUGGAACAACACAAGGGUGAUUAAAUGAUGACAGAUAUUUCAUUUUCAUCUCAAAACA